CUUCCUGAUUCCAAUCAUAAAACAGUAGAGAAGAAGUAGAACCGAAAGAAACGGGACAGCUCGAAGAGUGAGUCGUGUCUUCUCUCAGUGGCGUCUCAUUAACUGACUACGUAGUUUCAUUAGUAGAAGAAGCCGGGGGAAAAUACUAGCUCAGCCGACCCAAGCCCUGUGCAAGUGGAUGUUGCUGUCUGGUCGGGGGAUCCAGUGUGUGUGAUGGACCUGCACCUGCUGUCCCGUAUUGAUGAGGAGCUGGACUCCUCUGAGGUGGCUGCCCUGUGCUUCCUGUGCAGAGAUGUGCUCAACAGGAAACGCCUGGAGACGGUGCAGGAUGGGCGUGACCUGUUCCUGAGGUUGCAGGAGAAAAGCCUGCUGGAGGACCACUACUUCCUGUCCCAACUCCUCAAUGUCAUUGGUCGACUGGACCUGCUCCGCCUCCUGGAGACGGACAGCAGACAGCCGGAGCAAACGGCCCACACCCAGACAGACGCAUGCCCUGCCCUCUCACAGUACAGGAGGAUGUUGUAUAAAGUCUCAGAAGAUGUAACUCAGGAGAAUCUCACCAAGAUUAAGUUUUUGCUGAGCAACAAACUGCCCAGAGGACGACUGGAUCUCUGCACUACCGCCCUGGAGGUGCUGUGUGAGAUGGAGAGGCAGGGGCUGCUGACAGAGGACAGACUGGACGAGCUACAGAUGACACUGGAGGAGUGUGAUACACAGCUGGCCCACACAGUACGGCAGCAUAGAGGAGCAAGGGGCAGUCUGUCACGGCAGGAGUACACUGUUCAGCCAAUCAGCAACCAGGAACAGCAACCAAGCACCUCCCACUGCUUCAGCAUGGAGCAGAGGGCCCCCAGCCCCCCUCUGUUACUACAGAGCCUGUCUAUAUCAGAGACACAGCCCAGCCGUGAGCGUGGGCAAAGCGUGAGUGUGUACUCAGAUUCAGGGAUGGAACCUCAGCCUGGGUCUGGGCCUGACCAGAUGGAGCGCUAUUCCAUGACCCAUAAACCUCGGGGGACCUGCUUAAUCAUCAAUAACCACCACUUCAUAAGAUUUUCAGAUCUGACAGACAGAACCGGAACUGAGCAGGACGAGAAGGCUCUGCAUACGGUGUUCUCCAAUUUGGGGUUUAAGGUGGAAGUGGGUAGCGACAUGACAAAGAAGACCAUGUUGGAGGCAGUACAGGAGCUUGGAAUGCGGAGUCACUUACAGGCAGACGCUCUGGUGGUGUGUGUGCUGUCCCAUGGGGAGAAGGGGUGUGUGUUUGGAACAGAUGGAGAGGAGGUGCCCAUUCGCUCCCUCACACAACCCUUCACCAGCGAGCAGUGCCCUUCUCUGGUUGGCAAACCCAAACUGUUCUUCAUCCAGGCCUGCCAAGGGAAGGGCUUCCAGCGAGGGUCACCAUUACCCCCCCCCAGUAGGCGACAGGGGCAGUAUGAGGCAGACGCCACCGAAUCCGUCCCCUGCUAUGCAGACUUCCUGAUCGGUAUGGCAACAGUGGAAGAGUGCAAGUCAUUCCGAAACACUAAGGAUGGUUCCAUCUACAUCCAGGAGCUCUGCAAACAGCUGGAGUGGGGAGCGGACAGUGGGGAGGAUAUGCUGUCGGUGCUGACGCGUGUGAAUCGUGAGGUCAGCAGAGGCGUGUUUAAAGACUCCAAACAGAUGCCCGAGCCCAAGUACACCCUCACCAAGAAACUCUUCCUCUCCUACCUCUGAAAAACCUCUGGUUGGCUGACUUAAACCGUCAAAUCUUGUCCCGCCUUCUGGACUAAGACACUUCAGAAUGGCUGUCAUGUCUUAACAGUAAUCUAUCAUUCUCAGGAACCCUACCACAGCUUCCUCUGCCUUGGCCAAACUCCCAUAAGACAGUGUGUUGAACAUUAGUUGGCAUGUCUGUUUUCCUGAAAGAUGUUUUAAGCUCAUGAGAUUAAUAACUUUUUCCAUUAAAUGCUGGCAAUUGAGGAAUGUUUACUUUAUCUGUGGAGCAGAACUAUAAUACAUGUGUAUUCUAUCACUGCUGGUUCUGGA